GAUCAAAUUACUAGAAUAUACGAAGCAAACAAUACAACACUUCUAUCAUUUAACGUGAAAUAAAAAUUCCUUAAUUUAAGUCACUCGUGACACGGUUCUCAAUUGCUAUUAUUUGUUUACAAAAUAGAACAAAAUAAAAUUUUCUUCGAGAGUAAGUAAAACCCAGUCUACUCUUCAAACUCGUAGGCACUAAAACGGUUAAUGGAGGAUCAAAAACAAUCGAUCAAUUUCGCAACUUUUGAUUCGUUUCACUCACAGGCGAUGUCAAGGGAAUCGUAAAUAUUUAAAACGCGGUAUUAAACGGAGAGUGCAUUGAACGAUAACUGAGAUAUUUAACUAAGAAAUUACGUAUCUUAUCCAGGCUGGAUAGUUAUACGAGUUCUUUUUAAUCGUAUUCAAUCGACUUUGGAAACUUUCCACGGCCAAAUUAACGCCCAAUGAAUAAAGUUCCCAUUGAUAUAUAAUUCCCUCGCGAAAAUUACUCCAAAAGAAUAAAAAAACAAAAAGAAAUCCAAACUCAGCUGAAAUUUACGGCUGCCGUCGCUCUUGGAUAAGAUAAACGAUGUUUAUCGAACUAUACAAAUUAUUCUCUAUCUAUAAUAUCUGUGAUCGUAGAUCGUCGAACAAUGUUUUCUACGCGCGAUUCCAUUUGGAAAAAUCUGCAUAUUUGGAUUAGUGCCACUAUAAAAAAAAUGAACAAAAUAUAAAAAUUAAAUGACACGUAGUCAAAAUCUAACAAUCGACAAAUAUGACGCUUUGAAAUUCGAUGCAAAAUUAGUUUCUUUCGAAUAAUGUCUAUAUUCCUUCAGAAUCCAAAUUAGGUUUUUGGAGCAAAAUCAUACCACGAGUUUAUUAGCGCUUAACUAAAUGUUUUAUACAGAUGGAAAGUGGAUUUAUAUAACAACCACUGUCAAAUGGGUUUUUUUUAGAGAGAUGAAUUAUUUAAAAAAAUAAAUACCAUGUGUUACGCGAUGUAUUCAUUUUGAAAACUUACAAAACAUACAAAACAAUUUCGUGUUUCAGAAAUUAUCCGAUCCUUUUGUAACUUAUUAUGUAAUUUGCUUCUUUCUACAUAUAGUUAAUUUUUUGUCUACAAAUUAAUUUCUUCCCUUCCCACUUUUUCUUGUGUUACUACGUUCACACAAUUGUGCUUCUGUUUUAAAAUUUAAGGUUUAUAUUUGUACACAUAUAAGUAAAGAGUGUUAUGUAGUCUGAUCGAAACAUGUUAAUAAAGACGACAAAAGUAUUCUAGCUUAAUUUAUCAAAAAAAGAGGAAACCACACGUAUCACAUAUCAAACGAAAUUCUAAGAGCAAACAUAUUAAUUACAAUGCAUUAACAAUUCCCGACAAACAGAAGUUUUAGUUUAGACAGAAGCGAAUGAAGUUGAUUUAAAAAUGUCUUAAGUUUCAAUUGGCACCAUUUACAAUUUGGAUCAAGGAAAAUCGUAACAUUUCACGUAAAUAUAACUCUCAAUUCGUAUCCAAAUAUGUGAAAUAAUACACUUUUUCACAAAUAUUAUAUAUUCGACAGCACUUGUAUUCGCAGACAUGAUUUCUCGAUAACGAAGUUGAAGAACCAUCAAAAUCUCGAUAAAGUUAUGUAACUUGUAAAACUUCAUCGAAGCUAAAGAACUUUUCUUCAAGAUCAAACGUCGGCAUUGCCAUUGCAACCUCGCACAGUCGAUAGGAGACAUAAUACCGAAUGCACUUUUGUAAUUUUAAUAAAGUACCGUAAAUAUAUAUUUUCUACUCGCGUUCUGAAUCGAAAAAUAUAACGUUAGUUUCGCUAAUGAAAAAGCUCGCGUACCACUGAUUUAUACAAUCUUCGACUCUGCCACUAGAUUCGAGAAUCCUAAAAUAUUCACUAUCCAAAACUUAAAGAAAAAUGUACCGUCCCCUGUUCUACGUCGCACACCCGAUGAUUCCCCGCGAACUAAACUCGUCGAAUCACUGGUACAAAAAUUUCCUAUUCUCCGUUGACUCAGAAAUAAAACUCUCAACGUAACGAAAACUGCACGUUCCAGCGACUGGGAAAAGGGACGUCGGAGGUAUAUUCGCGGCGCGACAAUUCCACGGGGAAAAGACACGAUCUCGGUGGUGGCACUUGUCUCGUAUCGGCACACUCUCAAGCAGGCCUCGAUCCUCCGACGGGAGAGAACACGGGCUAAGGGAGAUCCACUCGGAAACUCGCGUCUCGCGAGCAGGCGGCGUAAUACCGCGUAGUCGGCGAGCGCACCGAGACACGUCGGCCAGCGCCGCGGAGGGAACGAGGGUCCUCGUAGUUCGUGAGUUCUCGGCACCGCUCGGCAUUCCCCGCCACCCCCGUUCGACGCUCGAGACUGCCGACGCGAGACGAACAGCCGCGACAGCGCGCUCGGCCGACAGACGCGUCCGCGACACCGACUAGGAAGGAGGUUCUGUUCAUUCUGCGUUCAUGGGACUCGUCUCGACGUAGCUCCCGCACGAUCUAUCCGCUUACGCUCGUCUACGGAACAACGCGCGCCGACACGCUCCGUCGGGACGGGUGCAACGAGCGUUUUUCUGAUCAUUUUCAGAUCAUUCUAAAACAUCCACCGAUUAAUUCCGUGCUCCGUUUUCACGCGAAGAGCGUCGCUCCGGUUGGCUACGCGACCCGUGCGAAUCGCAAGUGCGUGAGAAAGUAAUACCGGGGGUGUGCUUCAGGCGAGAAGGAUACGUGCUACGUUUCUUGUGCUCUACGUGGGAUCCCUGUGCGAAGGAUUUUUUCCUCCUGGAUUUUUCAUGUUCUUCGUGCUCUCGGGUGUUCACCUGGAUACCUGAUCUGAUGCGCACACACGACGUGCUUUUUUUUUUUGUUUAAAUAUUUUUUGAAGAUCGUUAGUGAAAAACGUUGGAGUGAGUUUAUCGUUUCUGGGUUUCGCGUCGAUUCGCCGUGACGAUCUUUCGUGAGAUGAUCGGCGAGUUUACGGUCGGUUGGUGGUUCGCGUGAUACCGUCGGAUAACUUUCUUGACCCUGAAUCGGAGUGCCGGAGCGUCGAUCACGGAACCUACGGAGCAUCAUCUCUCCGAUGCGUCGCGAGUCUACCGGACCGUCUAGGAAGCUUCUUUCGUCGACGGCUCGUCGUUUGGAUUGGAUUACGGCAACUUUGGACCAAUGAGAGGGCUGACAAGGCUCGCUCCAGGUGAGAGAAACACGGGGUGGACCCAUGGAACGCGUACCUCGCUGGACACCGUUGCAACCAGCCGAACACCGGAACGACUCGAUUGGUUCUAAUCGCGCGCCGAUCGCGAGAAAUUCCAUCAGUGAAUUCCGCGAUUCGUGAACACACUGUGCACGACCCUUCGCUCGAAGACUCGGCCAGUUUGGAUACAACGCUCGGCGUUCCUGGAAAUGCUUCGAGGAUAAACACCCUUUGGCGAGGAAGGAAAGGAUACAACACGGUGCUCGACUCGCGAGAAGUAGAAAAACAACGCGAGUAGGAGAACCGUUAUAAUCGAGGAAAGUGAAGUGUGGAUGUGGUGUCCGUGCAACCGUGGUGGAACGUGGUUGUGGACGACGACAACAAAAGUGCGAUUGUUGUUGUUCUUUUUGUUAUUGUUGUCGUCGUUGUUGUUUGUUAUUGAGUCUCGGUGAGCGUGGUGACGGUGGUUUUGGUCCGUUGUCCACGUUGUUACGAUGGUUUCCUCGUCCUUUGUGACUUUGGUGUUCCUCGUCUGCCUGCAAACGGUUCUACUCUCUACUGUGAGCAACUGCGCGAAGACGAUCAGCAUGUACUGGAACACCACCAACUCCAUAUUUCGAAUAGACAACACAGACCACAUAAUAGACGUGAAUAAGAAUAACGCGCAGUUCGAGUACGAUCAAGUGAAUAUAAUAUGCCCCGUGUACCAAGUGGGGACGCCGGACAACAAGACGGAGAAGUAUAUUAUUUACAAUGUGUCCAAGGAAGAGUACGAGACAUGUCGGAUAACGAAUCCGAAUCCGCGGUUUAUAGCGAUCUGCAACAACCCCAACAAAACAAUGUACUUCACGAUCACCUUCAGGCCGUUUACACCGCAACCCGGAGGUUUAGAAUUCCUGCCAGGACACGAUUACUACUUCAUCAGCACCUCGUCCAAGGACGACCUCUACAAGCGCAUCGGUGGAAGGUGCACCAGCAACAACAUGAAGGUCGUUUUUAAAGUCUGCUGCGGCAACGACACUGACACCUCCUCGUCCUCUGCGACAUCGCGCAACAACUCUGUAGCAGUGACCAGCAGCACCGUGCCUAGCAGCAGCUCGACCAGCACCGCAGUUUUGGGUGGAGGAGUGCCACCCCCGCCACCACCAAGCGUCCUCAAGGGGGGAGAUCGAUUCUACCCAGGGGGCAGCAUUCAUCAUCAUCACGAUCAUCAUCAACCGGCCACGGCGGCGCCGACCCUGCCCCACGUGCCCCCUCCGGCUAUCUACCCCGUGCAUCCGCAUCAGCCUCCGAUUCACAAUGGACCGCCGUCUUCCUCGCCGCCCAAGACCUCGAUCGGCCAGAAGAAGAAGAACAAGGAAUAUUCGGACCAUCCGAACGAAGUAGUGAAGAACGAAGAAUUGACCUACAACGGGGCGAGUUCCAGCCGGGUUGAGAAUUGGUACAGCCAGCUGGCGAUGAUGCUGACUGGAAGCCUGCUGAUCAGCGCAAUCCUGCCGCAGUUAUUGCGGUGAAGCGACGGCACCACCGACGAGAACGUAUACCCCAAUACGUCGAAACCCCUUUUUCUGUGAUUAUCCUACGUUUAAUUAAUUUCUUGAGGCAGCGCGUGUAAACCCCGCGCACUGCCGUCCCUCGAUCGUGAAAAUAAAACGCGCACCACUUACGGUCGGACUGCCUCGAGAGAGAGAGAACGAGAAAGCUUAAUCGGGAGGAAAAGAAACGGAAGGUAACGGUAAAGCAAAAAUGAAUAAAAUAAAACGAGGUGGUUAGGGAAAGAGUAAACAAAAGAAUAAGGAAGAUCGACGUAAAAACCAACGUCGAGAGAAGAGAGAUACGCACGGCACACGAGCAGCAACGCCAUAUUAACUAUUCAAUCGAAGAAAGAAGACGAAGACGUUAGAUAGUAAGAUUUACAAAGACGAAGAACGACGAAACAGAGGAGAAAAAACGCUACUACUAGACACUAUUAUAGUAUGCCCACUAUUAUCACUACUAUAAAUGGUAGUCGUAUUGGUUGUCCUUCUUAUCAUUACGCUAAUUCUAGAUAUUUAUUCGAAAUACGAGAAAAAUGAACGAAGUCGUGGACAGUGUGCUAACUAUCCUCCCGGCGAGAAAACGCGGCGAUGGACGUUCGUCGGAGAAAUAUGAAAGUUCUUCUGGAUGUCUCGUUCGCGCAAGAAAUUCGAUAUUGUCGUACGACUGACUGCUAGACGUUGAUAAACGGACGGUCCUUAAUCAUGAUCACCGAUCGUUCAUUCAAAUAUUGCAAAUGGCAAUUAAGAUGGCGAUAAAAGCAGCCAUUCGAGAUCGGUCUCGCCAUGAUGUUUUGUUUCGAAAUGCUCUCGAUAUCAUGCCCAUCCAGAUCUUUUGCAAUUUACCGAGCAUUAAAUUGAACGCGAAUUGUGACUAGUUAUGGGAAUAGAUUAGAACGACUAAUUGGGACCACACACGUUUACGAUUUAUCGUAUAACGAGUCGUACGACCAGUUUCAACGACGCGCGACGGUAUCAACUCAGACUUACACAUAUAAUAACCUGUUCUACGACAAAUCUUGCCAAAAGUAGAAUGGCUGAUCUUCGCAAAGAGUAGUAAUUCCUUGAUUUCAAGAUUCUCUUGUUACUAAACAACUUUUGUAAUGAAAAUAAUGGAGAAAAUGGUGCAAAAAUUAAAAUUUAAACAGAAAUAGUUCCAAUUCUAAUAUAAAUAAUCCUAAUAUGAAUUGCCAAUGCCCAAUUGGAUUAUAAUAUUUAUUUAAAAAUAUUGAGAUUAAUGGGCAAAUACUGAGUUGUUUUGACCAAUAGGAAACAUUUUUACAGAUUUAAUAUUAUUUAUUUCUCUUGACUUGAUUUCCCCUUAGAAAACUUCAAUCUCGUUUGCAACGUGUUUCUGGAGCAGUAUAUCGUAAAGUCAGAUUACAUGAAUAUGUAUUUCAACGAUGUCUGAAAAUAAUUGUUUAUCAUAUUCUCGAAGAAAUAUUUUCAUUUCAUAUUUCGAAGAAUUUUGUGAUCUUCGUCAAAGAUCCUUUCUAAACUAUGCAACUGGUGCAUCAUGCAUAGACAUUAUCGAACUAGCGACAUCAUAGGAUUAUAUUUUUCAGUCAAAAUUGUACAAUCUAAGAUGACUCUCUUUGCUGAAUGUUUAAAAUAUGGAAAGAAGAUUGAUACGUCGUUAUCCGAUGUUCUUACAGUACGGCAGAUUUUGUGGUAGCGGUGGACAACAAAAAUCAUACGAUAAAUCGUUGAGUCGAAGUCGAAAAAACCCAAUCCCUACAAAAUUCAUCGAAGACAUUUUACUAGAUUUGCCCGUGAUGUCUAAACUUAUCGUCUGCCUGGAAAAUUAAUUAAGUAACGAAUAUUUUAACGAUCAAAAAAUCGUUUCUUUUUCGCAAGACAAAGUGAAAUGCAGCAAUGGAAUUAAACAACGACAUCAUGGACGAAGGACCGUUCGAGCCGCGUUGGUGAUCGCGAGCAGGAUAAUUAGCACGCGUGUAAAUAAAUUCCUAAUGAAUAUGUACAAGUGGCUCCUAUCCCCCUAACACGGGGUAGGAGGAUUUAAGAGAGUGCCGUAUACUAGGUAAAAUCUUAUUAUAUGACACACGAAAGAGUGCGAUAAGGCGUGAGUGAAAAUGUAAGAGUGCGUGUGUUGGGAGACGCGUGUGUACCAGAACACGAGGAUUGCCCAUUGAAUUGUGAGUGUCAUAAAAAUGAACUGUGUAACGUGCGACGAGCUUUUUGUUAAGUUCCGAUCCACGGUUUCUCGAAAAACCGUGACGCUAUUCGAUGAACGAGUGAAGUUUCGUCGACCUGUCGAGAAAUUCCGAUAUUCCUCGCUUUGCUCGGAAAUCGUCGAAAAAAAAACGAGCGAGGAGGAGCGUAAGAAAGCAUGAUUAAUGCGUGAAAGAGAAACUGGUCGCGGAGCGAGAGACGAAAAAUGAAAUUUUUGUAUUAUAGUUGUACAUUACCGAACUCUAUCUAUAGAUCUGUAUUAUAUUUAUUAUCCGCUAUCAUUACGCUACGAAUAAUCACAACUCGAUAUUCUAUAUUUACUAGUAAAAAUAUCAAAUUUCAAUAGCGAAUAAAUUACGUAUUCGGCGGGGUAAAACGACAUGACGCGAGCAUUAACGAUGAGUUCACGCCCCCCUGUCAUCAUCGGAUCAUCAUCCACCGUUCGUUGUUUUCUUCUUCUUUUAGUUUUCCUCGUAUACGUUGCUCGAACCAGCGCUAGAUUAAGACUGUGUAGAUUCUUGAAUCGUUAUUUAUUAUUACAUUUUUAACCAAAAUAAUUUGUCAAAACAAGCAGCUGGUAGUUCGCUAUCCAAACAUGUACCAUCGGAAACGAGUGUUGAUUCUCGAUAAUAGAUACAAUAAAUAAAAAAAAAUACUACAAAGAACUGAUAUUCUUUUCGAGUAGUUCAAAAAUGUAAUAAUGUAAAAAUUUGCUCUACUUUCUACCGUAUGGACAUAAUGUCGUUAUAGGUCGAGUUUACCGGAAGUCCUUUCGUUGUAAUAUAGUACACAGUAACCCAAGGGUUAAUCUCUGUAAACCUUCUGCGCUGUAGGUUCAAAAGGCUUUGCCUUAAUCCAGCCCUGGUUCCAACCAAUCGGCCAUGCGAUCGUCGGUUCCAUUGUAUCGUCCUUCGUACUACAUCGUUCUCUUCGGUCUUUGUUGCCUCUGUUGUUUUUUUUUUUUCAUACUCUAUUUAUUGUCCGCUGUCACGCAGAUACUUCGUUUCCAUACAGCGUACCAACAGUACGUACGCGCGUGCAGGUCGCAUUUAUUUGUAAAACGUACGGGAUUACAUGUAUACAUGCACGGGUGGUCACACAAUCGUUACACGCAACGCCGCUCGGAUCUGUCCCCACGUACGCCCUAUUCGCGAACGUUGAAGCUCCGUUUACGAUGCGAUGGCAGUCAAUUGUCAUGAAAGCUUGUCAAUGCGCGUCUACUGCCGACGAUCAACCGGAUCUACAUUUCUGCCGAACACAGUACUGCCAAUAGUCAUAGCAAACGUCAAGUAUCUCGAAUCGAAUCGCGCGACGACAUCAUUGCCACGACAAUGUAUCACGUGUCACGCGUCGUUGUCCUAUAAACGUUAUUCCAAGCUUCAAAUCACGUUACUGCCAAUACGGGAUUGGUCGUUCUCGCAUCUGUCACGCGCGCCUCCCUCUGGAAUGCGAAAUCGUCGUUCGUACCAUACGUUGUACGGAAUUGCCUCUCUUCGUGAUAGACAAAUUGGGACCUUCAGUUAUCAUGAACGGAGGAUCGGCCAAGAAUUUCUUCUCGGGACUGGUCGAACUCAAAUAAUAGAUACGAUAACGAGUAUCUCGUGUUGAACGCCUAUCGAUGUGUCCGAUGCUAAUACAAAUUGCAAUUAGUUAUAUUUUUCAUUAUAUUUUUGCGAAGAUAAUAUUAAUUAAUUUGUGAGGUUUUUUUUUUUUUUUAAUAUAGUACAUAUAGAAUUGUACAGCGAUUCGUUGCUAUUAAUAUUUACAUGAGUGUUACAGUUAAAACGUGAACUACAGUGAAUCUAUACAUUGAAUAUGUUCGCGUUAUAACUGUAACAUACAUAUAAAUAGCAUCUUUCAUAAGUUCUACUAUAACUGUAUCUAUUUGGAGAAUAUCCUACUGCUAGUUUCGGUCUUGAUACAGUCACGUGAUCUUGUUUAUCUCGCUGUCAGGAUAUAAUUAAAAAUACUUCGUGUAAGGUCUGUCGAGCCUACGUUCGGCAAGAAAAUUUCAUCAACCUAUCGGCAAUACUCUCGUAAAGACGCAUUAAAGAGUAGAAAAGCGUUUCGAGUCCAUUAGUAGUCACGUCGAUACGCAUGCGGCACGGCCUUAUAGUCCGACCACCCGAUUUUUGUUUUCACAGCUCCCAACCGAGUAGACGGUUACUCGAGCCGACGAAACACAAACAAGUAGGUGAUUCCCAAUGGAGUAUCGCUAACGAUUCGAUCGAAGAGCGAGAUGUUUCUGUAACAAAUUUCGCGCGAUUGACCGUAAUUGACGAAUGUUUGUACUGCUAUUCCGCAACGGCGAACAUAAAUUGUAAUCGAUGCGACGAGCGUAGUGCUUGGAUGUCAUUGUGAACGGAGCUUAAAGCGUAUACGAUUAUUUCCCGCGUAAAAAGAAACGUGCGUACGAUGGCUGAAGAUCGUUCGAGGACACAAGGAAAAGAAGAACGGCGAGCAGAAGUUGUCGUCCCGCGUUGGCCAAGGGAAAGAGAUCAAUUGAACGGCAACUAGAGUAACGAAUUAUUGUAAAUACGAGUGUGCGGAGAGAGAUAGGUAUAUCGUAUGAGGCAGAACGAGAGAGUACGAGAGAAAAAGAGACCCCCUAAUUCCGAAUCGUAGAUAAUAAAAAAAAAAAAAUGAAAUGUAUCCUGAAGGCUGCUCGAUUGACCGACUCGUUUUCAUUGUUCAUUGAUGGUUCAUCGCCCUUAAUACUGCGCCGACAAAUCGGUGGAAAAUCAAUGACAACGAUCAGCCGGAAAAAAUGUUGAAAGGAAACGUCGGAAAUUGAAUGCGUGUAUAAUGUUAUCCAUUACAGUAUUGUAAGCCUAAGUAUUACAUGCCUCCGAUCCAACGUCUGUUUGUCUGUCUGUCCGUUCGCCUGUCUGUUUACACAAUUUGUACUUCUACGCCCCCCACACCCCUAUGUGUUAAUCGCAAUAGCAAUCCGUAAUCGUACCGAGCGAUCGAUGAAAGGGUAGCAGUCGCGACGAUACUCGUGUCCACGGUUCGCACUUGUUUUCCUUUCGUUUUGUUAUGUCAACGAGGUUACACUUUUUUCUUUGUUUAGUUUCUCUAGUCGUAGAAUUGUUCAGACCGCUGACCAACCCGCAAAUCGAAAACCCAAAGACAAUCACCUGCACAUUGUAAAGCGUUCGAAACGCCUCAGCGUAUAUCAGUUGUCUAUAGCGUCACGAACCACCCCUAGAUGUUGUUCGUUACCCUCACAGUAGGAGCAUUCACGCGAUUGUAUUGUAUGUACAAAAUGUUCUCGUUACAACUUCGCUUUGCGGGUCUCAGAGUUUUGUUUCGCAGACGGACGCGCACUAUACAAAGCGCGGUUUUACGUUUCGAUAAUACGAUGAUGCGAUCAACGAUACAUAGCAGCAGUUGCAGCCUCGAAUCGUGGACGUAUCGAAGGACUGCACCAAGCGCGAACGAAUCACCGAUCGUCUCGAUAGCGAAUUUAAUCAGACCAACGGAAAUCCGUAAACGAUUUACAUAAAUGCAAUAGCAAUGCAGCAAAGUUACAUAGAUCCAUGUGAAUGGUACUCAUUCUUACGGACGAUAGGUGAAUACAGUAUAACAAUAAUAUAGACUCGAACUAUCGAUAGAAAAUAGACAAGGUCACUCACUGCAAUUCAUUUUUAUUUUCUUCCUUCUUUUUGUUUCGACCCGAUCCAUUCCAAAGCACCCCAUCCACACCAGUCAUCGAUCACGUGAAGCUCUGCUCCUCGAAACAUAUUCUUUUAACCCUGGUAAAUUUGGCCAAUAUAGUCGACAUUGGAGAACGAUUCUUUUUUCUUGGAAUAUUUCAUGCGUCGACACAAAACAUGAAAUAAUGUUUUGCCUGGAAAUAAAGUUCUACCGAUUCUUGCAAAAAAUUGCUAAAAAAUAGUCAAUAACGACAAGUAGGAGCACUCUUGAAUAUUAAAUCUAUGAAUAGAGCUGGAUUAAAAAACUUUACCGAAAAAGUCGGUAACGUCAAACGCGCACAAUGUGGAUAUUAUCUGACUCCUUUUGGCUAGCUAAAUACAUAGAUGAACAAAGCUUUCAUCGUUGAACAUUUCUUAUAAAAUAAUGUAAUAUUAAGUUUCUUUAAAUGAUUGUAGAUGAGAAGGUCGUAUUCGAGAGGCAUUCGUAACUUCCAACCCGGAAUUGGGGUGGAUUCAACAUCUUUAGACAUAAUUUUGAUCCAUAACGUAUACGUUUCAAAAGUGUUUUAAAAAGAAACCCCGGGGUAGUUCAAAUUUAUGAAAACAAUUUUUAAAUUGAAAAUCAAAUAAUGGAAUGAAUUUAGCGAUUGAACCUCUCUAGUGAAAAAUUGUUUACGUUAUUUAAUUUAGCGCACAAAAUUACGCGGGAGAACAUUUAAAGGAUAUCAUUUUUCAAUGUCGGACGUAUUAGUCAAAUUUUGCCUCAACUACGAACAGAGACAAGCAUCGUCUGAAGUAUUUAAAUGGUUAUUGCAAAGUAUAUGUAGAUAUUCGAUAUUAGAGAAUUAAAGACACGGAUAAUCUCGACGGAUGCGAUUGUACCGCCGAGCAGUUAAUUAAAUCGCGUGUUGAGGGUUUAGCCUUUAUCCAUUAAUCGCGUACACGCGUGCCUGCAGCAUGGUUUCGAAUAUAUCCGCGAAGAACAAAACGAGGAACAGGUUUCACGUUUGAUUUCAAAGACGUCCCUAGUCCCACCACAGCCACCACUGCGAUUUUUAUUAUUCGUUUUCGCUAUUUCAUUGUGUUAUCCUCUCGUGUGCGUGUUCAGGAACAAUGUCAAAGAGGGUUAGAGGUCUUCAUGGAAGAUACCAACACGUACUCUCGUUGCGUACGCGAAGGACUUGUUCCUCUCUUCUCAAGACAGAGGGUAAAGAAACUGAAUCGAAA